AUGAAUACAUUUAAAAUUAGUACAAUUAUUUGUUGUUCCUAAGAUAAUUUAAAGUAACUUAAUUACAUAGUGAUUUAACUAUAUGUUUCUGGGAUUGACAAUAAAUUCAUUGGAAUUUUGAAAAGCAAUACUUAUUAUAAUUUUUUUAUCAUUAUUCUAAAUAAAAAAGUUGGGAAUGGAUCAAAAGACGAGUUAUAGUAGUUAAUCGAUGAACAGAAUAAGGAGGAGUUUUCGGAUGACUAGGAUUUGGUGUCUCAUAUAGAUAUUGAGGAUUUUGAAUAGCGAUUGCAAACGAGUCAGUCCUUUGUGAGGGAGAAGCCUCCGCAACACAGUCAGAGGGCUCAAUCUGGAAUGACUCAAAUUGGGAAGCAGCAACCUCAGAGUUUGAAGGAUCUGAAUGAGAAGAUGCAGUAAAAUCUAGCCAAAAAGCAGGUGAAUUAGCCCACCAGAGUUUAGGGGCAAUAGAGGUCAUAGCAGUAGUUUUCGCAAACUUAGCAGGUUCAGAAAAAACAGGAUAAGAGGAAAUCUGUGGAGCCGAGGGCGAACAAUAAUCCUCGUCAGGUGUUGGAGUAGGCGCAAAGGGACAAUCAGGAUUUGCUGUAGAAGUUGGGGACGAUGAGGAGACAGCUGCAAUCCUUGGAGGCGGAGAAUGCGGAGUUGAAGUAGGAGAUUUAGAGGAAGGGUAAUUCGAGUGGGUUUUUGCCGAAGAUUGAGUAGGCGGCGAACUCGGAGUUGAAAUUGUUGAGGAUGGAGAAUGAGGAGUUGAAGAGGAUCGUCUAGAAAUAAAAUGUACGAACAGUGAAACAUUUUGUGUUAGGGUAGUGA